AUGGAAAACCUAACUUGCGCUUCGUCUGUUGAGCAGGAUCGUUUUGCCAGCUUGAACUUUAUAAUUUCUCAAUCGGUUGAUCUAAUAACAUCAUUUUUCACAUAUAUGUUAUCGAUAAUUGCUAUCAAAAUGGUUUUGAAACAAUCAAUAUUCGAAACUUCAACUAAAAUACUAUUAUUUUUAAAUAUCUUCUACGCGAAUCUUUAUCAAAUUGUAUAUAGUAUCGACGUAGUGGUCAUUCUUUACAAGCACUUUUUCAUGCAGGAGGAAGUGUGUAGUUUAUUGAUAUUAGAAUCAAGUUGUGCUCCAUUUUUGGAGACAUUAAUUGGUACUUCAAGUGGUAUGAUGUAUUGUCAAACUGGAUUAUUGAUUGAAAGAUUCUGUGCUACAUUUUUAAAAACCUAUAAUGGUAAGAAAACCAUUUUUGUUGGAAGUUUUAUUGCAAUAGUUGUAAUGAUCUCUACCACAUCAACUGGGAAACUUGUAAUUUGGGAUGACCCAUUAGACGAUGCAGUUCUGGCGUGUUUUAUAUUUCCAAAGAAGAGUAAAGCAAGAUCUACCAUACACUUUUACAUAAGUACUGUUGUUUCGUUGUUUAAUUUGGCAGCUUCUGUAGCAUUGAACAAAUACAACAAAACGUUGGAAUAUCAAGUUCGGUUCAAAAUCUGCGCCCGAUUUCAUAAACGUCAAGUCAUAGAGUCAACGGAGACAAUUUGCUUUCUAAAUUUCACUCAAUUUGUAUUCAUGUUUAUUUAUUCAUCUGGUAAUUCUACAUUGAAAUCAAUUCGUGAUUACAUCCAACCAGAGACAUACAAUUUUUGGGUCGUCUGGUGUUAUACUGUCCCAUUUAUCGCAUUAACAUUUCCACUACUUUUGAUCUACAAAGUGAAGUCAACGCGUGGCAUUCGAGCUCAGAAGAUUGUACAGAUUUCGAAUACUAAGCAGACGCAAGAUGAGCACAUAAAUCAGAUGAAAGUUAUGUGGGAAUGAAAUUUUUGAUCUUGUUCGCAGUGUUCCAAAAAAAACCAAGUCAUUUGAUAAAACUCAUUUUAU